GUCAGUGCUGCGGGCGCGCCCCCGGACCCGGCGGGCGGGCGGGCAACGAAGCGCUCGCGGACCGGGCCGGGACUCCGGCGCGGGCCGGCGGGACUCGGCCUGUGCGGCCAUCCUGCGCUCCGCGGCCGCGACCGGCGCUCGGACAAAAUGGCCUCGGCGCCGGCGCCGGACUGAAGGCGCGGCGCGGACCCGUGACCCAGGCUGCGCGGCCCCGCCAGCAGUUCUGUGGUGUUCUCGGUCACACAUUUAUGGAGUUUCUGAAGGGCAGUGGAGAUUACUGCCAGGCACAGCACGACCUCUAUGCAGACAAGUGAGCUGCAGAAAUUCAUUACUGCUCAACCAAGAAGCCCCCAUAAGACUGGUUAACCUGGACACAGAGGUGUUGAAUUGAAAUCCACAGAGCAUUUUUAUACAAGAAUUCUGAUCUGGAUGGGGUAAACCUCAGUGCACUUCCUUUCUAUUGCCUCAGUAUUACUGGAUUGAAGAAUUGCUGCUUCUUGUUAAGAGGUUCAUUCAUUCAUUACUCCCAACUUCAUACUUAAAAGCACUGAGAAUUUCAAGUGGAGUAUAUUAAAGUUGACUGUGUUUCUUCGCAUCAUUUCUGUAUUCAAUUUUUUAAAUUCUUUCAUAUCCCUAUUGAGUGUUUUUUAAGUAAAUUAACAUGGCUCGAAUGAACCGCCCAGCUCCUGUGGAAGUUACAUACAGGAACAUGAGAUUUCUUAUUACACACAACCCAACUAAUGCAACAUUAAGCAAAUUUAUAGAGGAACUUAAGAAGUAUGGAGUUACCACAAUUGUAAGAGUAUGUGAAGCAACUUACGACACUACUCUUGUGGAGAAGGAAGGCAUCCAUGUUCUCGAUUGGCCUUUUGAUGAUGGCGCACCACCAUCUAACCAGAUUGUUGAUGAUUGGUUAAGUCUUGUGAAAAUUAAGUUUCGUGAAGACCCUGGUUGUUGUAUUGCUGUUCAUUGUGUUGCAGGCCUUGGCAGAGCUCCAGUGCUUGUUGCCCUAGCAUUAAUUGAAGGUGGAAUGAAAUACGAAGAUGCAGUACAGUUCAUAAGACAAAAGCGGCGAGGAGCUUUUAACAGCAAGCAACUUUUGUAUUUGGAGAAGUAUCGUCCUAAAAUGCGGCUGCGCUUCAAAGACUCCAAUGGGCAUAGAAACAACUGUUGCAUUCAGUAAAACCAGGGUGCAUGAUACCAUUGAUUGGAAGUGGAAGCUGAGAUGGAAUGGAAUUUGUCGUACAUAGCAGAUAGCCCGGUUGACUUGGUGAAUAAGUCUGAUGAAGCUUCCAUAGGAGUGUUGAAAAGCAGUUUCACCAGGCCAUAGGCCUGGCAGAAUUGUAGACUCUGUUCAGGUUAUGAUCAGCCUAUUUGGAUACUAGUAAAGAAUUCUUGCUGUUCAGCAUUUAAUAUGUGCUUAUAAUUUAUACCAAUUGACCUUUCCUGAAAUCAUGCAGUAUUGAGUCAUGUCAUUAAAUCUGUUUCCAUGCCAGAAUCUUACCAAUAUAUAAGAAAUUUAGAAAGACUAGGUGCCAAAAUACCCAGCACAAUACUUGUAUAUUUUUAGUAUCAUAUAGAACAAAUCCCAGGAACUAUGAACACUCUGGACCUUAUGUGGUUUAUUCCUUGCAUCAUUUCAAACAUAGAAAAUAGGGCCUAUGAGGUUUGUUUGCUCACAAUAUGUUUACAUCUCCCACAUUCAUACCAGUAUACAUCAGAUUUGCUCCCUUUUUAUUAACCAAGUCUUACAGUGAUUAUUUAAUAUCUUUAUAAAUCUCAUUUUAUGUUGUAGAAGGCCUCCAUUUUGAAAAUCUACAUUGUACAGAAGCACAUGUCUUUAAUGUCUCCAGACAAAAGCCUUACAGUUCAUUUUAAUGUUUGCACUUUGGGGUGCAACUUACAGGGAGGGCCUAAAAAAGAAUGGGAGGGGGCUAUUAAGUAUUUUUAGUAAAAUGUUGCCUUUGUCUUGUGCAGAACAUGUAGAAUAUGCGCUUUAAUUUAGUAAAUAUUUUUUUAAAAGGUAGAAAUACUUUGUUACUGUAACUAAAACAAUUCUUAAAUCAAAAUUUCUGAAAUUCUUGUAAUUUUUUUUCAUACUUACCUGAAGUUGUUUACCGACUUAGUUUUGUUUGAAGUGUGAUUCCCAGCCUCUCUUGCAAAAAAAAAAAAAAAAGUGGGUUUCUGCUAAUGAAUUGAGCAGACAUUUAAUAUUUUAUAUACCUUUUGAGCUGUGUAACUUAAUAUUUGGAUACUUGACAAUUUGUUUUAUUAUGUAAUUGAUAAAAUGGUGAUGUGUAUUAACGUUAGCUCAACCAUAUAUUUAUACUGUCUGGGAACAAGUGGUUAUAGUUCUGUGGGAGAAAUAAUUUGUCAGUGUUCACCAGCUUGUAAAAAUCUAGUGCAAGAGCUUAAACAUUAAAUAAAUGAUGAUAUGCAUUUAUCGUCACU